UAUUUUUUCUCUGUAUUGGAAUGAGAUCUAUUUUUUUAAUGAUAAUACUUGAAACAUUUUUUUUUAUGUAUCGUAUUAAGACUUUUUAUUUCCAAAAGAUGGGGGUAGUUAGUAGUAUGACACAAACAAUCUAUAAAUUAAUCCCAAAUUACAGUUCAAAAUAUGGACAGAAAAAAGAGGUGAAAAUGGUGGUAGAUGAAGAAAUCCGAGCUCGAGCCGAAGCGUGGAGCAAUGCCUUCGGCUACAUUAAGUCGAGUGCCGUUAUUUGCGCGGUGGAGCUAGCGCUUCCCGACAUCUUGGAAAACCACGGCAGCCCAAUGUCGCUCUCUCAGCUCUCCGCCGCCGCCAACUGCCCAGCGGACCCGCUCUUCCGCCUCAUGCGCUUCCUCAUCUUCCACGGCAUCUUCAAGAAAGCCCAGCCGCCGUCGGUUUACUACGAUCAAACGCCGCUUUCGCGCUUUUUCACGAGCGACAAGCUGGGAGCUUUCAUGUUGUUGCAGUCGACGCCAGCGACGCGGAACCCGACCGGCUUGAGCGCCGAGGCCCUGCGGAACGGAACCCCUCUUUAUCUCCGGGCGGUCAACGGAGCCGACCCAUGGGGCAACCCGGCCGGGUUCGGCACGAAGGUCUUUACCGAUGCCAUGGCCGCGCACGCCAGGGACACGACGCGGCUGAUCGUACGGAACUACCCGGAGGCGUUUGAUGGGGUUGGGUCGGUGGUGGAUGUCGGCGGCCGCCAUGGGAUGGCCCUGGCCGAGUUCGUCCAGGCUUUCCCGUGGCUCCGAGGGAUCAGUUUUGAUCUGCCUGAGGUCGUGGCAGAGGCCCCACCGCCACAACCUCGAAUCGAGUUGGUUGGUGGGAGCAUGUUUGAGAGCGUACCAAAAGCGGACGCGGUCAUGCUCAUGUCGAUAUUGCACGAUUGGAGUGACCAAGAUUGUAUCGACAUUCUAAAGAAAUGCAAAGAGGCAAUUCCGGUGGGGACGGGGAAAGUGAUGAUUGUAGAUGCUAUAAUCGACGAAGACAGCGACAACGACGAGUUCACAGGUGCUCGAUUAUCACUUGAUAUGAUAAUGUUAGCGGUGACGGAGAAGGGGAAGGGGAAGGAGAGAACUUACAGGGAAUGGGCGUAUCUACUCAAGGAGGCUGGAUUCGCCACAUUCAAAGUCAAGAAUAUUGAUACUGUGGAGUCUGUUAUAGAGGCCAUUCCAUGAAUGUUGUCCUAUUUGUCUCCCUCAUAAUUUUAUUAUUUUAAUAAUAUUUGUUAUAAAAUAAAACUAUAUUACUGUAUUA